AUGGAUUGCUCCCUCCAGGAGCUGAGCACGUCCGAGUGUCAUUUCCUUAACGGCACGGAGAAGGUGAGGCUCGUGGAGAGGCACAUCUACAACCGGGUGGAGGACGUGAGGUUCGACAGCGACAUUGGGGCGCACGUGGCUUGGGGAGAAGUGUGCUCGGGCUGGAAUAGCGACCCGGAUAUAAUGGAGUACAAACGGGCUUUGGUCGACACGUUCUGCCGGCACAACUACGAGAUCGUCACCCCGUUCGCCGUGGAGACCAGAGUGCCCCCCAGCGUGUCCAUCUCGCUGAUGCCCUCGAGCUCCCAGCCCGGCCCCGACCGCCUGCUCUGCUCCGUGAUGGAUUUCUACCCUGCCCAGAUCCAGGUCAGGUGGUUCCAGGGCCAGCAGGAGCUCUCGGAGCACGUGGUGGCCACCGACGUGGUGGCCAACGGCGACUGGACCUACCAGCUGCUGGUGCUGCUGGAAACGCCGCCCCGGCGCGGGCUCAGCUACACGUGCCAGGUGGAGCACGUCAGCCUGGAGCAGCCGCUGAGACAGCGCUGGGGUACGGGGGAGGCACUGGGGGGCUGCCAGAGACUUGUUUUCUACACUGAUAUCCAGGAAUGUGCAUUAAAUCUCUCACUGAGGUAA